AUGGCCGGCACCGGGUUGCAACUCGCCGAGCUUGCCACACCGUUUGCCAGUGUGGAUCUACACAAGGUGCAGGCCAAUGUCCAUCGCAUGCAAGCCCGAGCCAACCAGCUUGGUGUGCGCUUACGCCCCCACUACAAAACUCACAAAACGCGACAAGGAGCGAGCCUACAGCUGGCUGCACAAGAUCAACCCGGUAUCACCGUGUCGACUUUGGAAGAGGCUCGGCAUGUUCAAGCCGUGGUUUCAGACGUGCUCUUCGCUGGCUACCCCACCGAGGCCAAGGUCAAGGAGAUCCUGGCUCUGACCGAGUCUCUGGCGGCCUUUGGAAUUUUAGUUGCGUGCUCUGCCCACCUGAACGUCCUCUUCAGAGGCUUGCGUUUAGCCUCUCCACCCCCGGGCCGACCUUUGGGAGUUUGGCUGGACGUGGACAGCGGAUACCAUCGCUCAGGACUUGGUACAGAUGCCGACGCUGCUGUCACGGCCCUAGAGCUAGUUCGCUGCAUCAACCAGCACCCAGGGCUCACUUUCUGUGGUCUUUACACACACGCGGGGCAUAGCUACGCCGCCCGAGGUGUCAGCGAGAUUCAAGCCAUUGCUCGACAAGAGCGUGAUGCACUUUGUACCCUAGCCACUUACCUUCGCACAGAGCACAUGACCGUAGCAGCAACGGCCGUGGGCUCUACGCCCACAUGCAGCCAACCACCCCCUGAGGGUCUCGAUGGCAUAACUGAGAUGCACCCCGGCAACUACAUCUUUUACGACGUCAUGCAGGCGCACAUUGGGGCGUGCCGUCUUGAGGAUGUGGCCAUCCAGGUGCACAUGACCAUUACUGCAGUUCAGAGGGAUCGUCUGCUUGUGGUGCACAAGGUGCAGGUACGCUGUCUUGCUAAAAACGUGUCCUGUCUAGCCUUAAAACGAUCGUGGCGCAAUGUUAACACCUGCCAACUGUUCCCCCAACAACCAGAGGAAGGCUUUGGCGCGUUUAUCGAUCAUCCGACGCUGCGGCUUCUGCGCGUGUCUCAAGAGAGCAGCGUUGUCGUGGCUCAGCCCGAGUGUGAUUUGACCGAGUCCUUUGCUGUUGGCCAACGUCUGCGCCUUUUGCCGUGGCAUUCCUGUACCAUUGCAGCGCUGCAUCCCCAGCUUUUUGUCACUCAAGACCAAACCACUGUCCUCGAGGCCUGUCAGGCGGCUUGUCGUGUGGCUUACACAUACAUUCAAGAUCAGCUCAUUGCCGUGCGCUUGCAACGCAUACCAGAAGCAGACGAAAGCCUGGCGCCGCGGCUGCGCAUUGAUAAUGUAGCCUGCUCUGUGGACUAUCAUCAUGAGCUCUACUUGAUCGCGUUUGAAUUUGGCACUAUUCUCGAAUGUCAGUUUGAGCCUCCCAACCAGACAGGCACGGCUGCUUGUGUGGUCACCUACUUGCCUCCGACUGACAUCGUGCAUGCAGCAGCCGGCAUCUCGCAGAUUCAUCUCAAUGGUUGUAACAAAGCGCGCGCGCCUGCCGCCAUUGCCAUACCCUCGACUGUGCGUGGACCUGUAUCAAGCUCGCCCCCGCCUUUUCCAGAGGUCGAUGCAACCCCUCAACAGCCUCCUACAAAGGUUGAGCGAGUUGCUUCCACCCUGCGCAGCAGCUCAGCCCCUGCUGAUGCACCCAUCGUCACCCGGAUCGAACCUCCUAGCGAGCCUGCCCCCCACGCCGUGGCUCUCACUAGUCAGCCACCUAUUCCUCGCAAGGUGGCUCCGGUGAGGGAUGAAGAGCCCCCUCGUAAGCGAACAGCAUUUGAAGCAUCUGCGCAGCGCAAGACCAUGCUGCUUGAUGCCUGGCCCCAAGUUAGCUCGCAACGCAUCACCAAGCCAGCCUCGACUCAGCCUCAGCACCGCAAGCUGAAUGAGGAUCUACGCGCCGCUCCUACGCCAGAUCCUGUUCCAGGCCCCAUGCUGAGGGUGAUUGGGCCUGUUCAAGAUGCUGCUGUCCAGACCACUGCCCCACCUGCGUGCCUGGAUGCCAGCUCCCAGGUUGCUCCGAUUGAGACAAACCACGUCGCGACGCAACACAUAGGCACCAUCACCCAAGACGCCGCAUCUCAGACUGCAACCAUCCCACCCAUCCUUGAUCAAGGCGUACAGGCAAGCGUCACGCAGAAAACGGCGUCAAUCCAGGCCACCUCUACCGCACGCCACGCCAAGACCCAAACUCGCCCCCUUCACGCAGACAUGACUACCCUAUUGUCCAAGACCUGCAGUCGCGAACAACCUUGGGCUCUCUCAACGCAUCGUCUGGCGGGCCAGCCCGCUAUGGAUGCGCGCGGUGCAACCUUUCUCGCCUGUGGAGCAUGUCAACGCAAGGACAAACUUCAGACCUGUCCACGAUGUGGGCUUGUGAUUUGCCGUUCUUGCCACACCCGCCUACUAAGCUUUCAAGACAAGACACGUCAGCUGCAGAAACAAUACGAGGAACUCUUGCACCCCCCACCUCUUGAUUCAGAACCAGAGGUAGUUUGCUUAGAUUCAGAGAAUGACAGCGAUCAACCAAGUCAAGAACACCCCACAGCAGGCACCAGGGACCCCAAAGCAGCAGGCAGUUCAUCAACCCCCCAUGGCCCUGGUGCCCCCUCUGGCAAUCCACCUUGCAUUUCAAAACCCAUUGUGGUGGCCACAGCUCCCAGUGUCAUCGAGGCCGCGACCAUUCUAUAUGCUGCUCGGGGAGGUCACUCGAUACCUUAUCUGAUUCUGGGACUGCAAUCUGGGCUGGUCCAGGUCUAUGAGCUCUCUGACUAUCCGCCGCAAGGUAAACUGAUUGCACAGCAUCAGAAUCACCGUCAGACGGUUGCUGCAGUUGCGGCGCUGCCCGAUAAGGGCUACCUCAGUGGCAGCUAUGAUGGAACCGUGCAUGCCCACAUUUUGGGCCAGAAGACUUCCGUCAUGACCCAGUUAGACGCGGCCGUGCACGAACUCUGCGUUGCUGGCGCUCGAGCUUUUAUUGGCUUGCGCUCGGGUCACGUGGUAGUCCUGCAUCUGCCUACCAAUCUCAUCCUUCAUAGAUUUGAUGUGGCCGACAAGACCAUUACGUCCAUAUCGGUCUUUGACUUUCAAGGCCUGGAAGUGAUGUUGGCGGCUUCUGUGAGUGGUACUGUCCAAGCACAGCUCACCUGCUCGCAUGAAGCCCCAGCGCGCCCCGACCCCAACCUCUCAGCAGCAGCAAGGCCGCGUGUCAUGGCCUGCCUGGUGUGUCUCAGCCAGCGUACGGCCUCGAGUGUGGCGCCGGCUGAUGAUGGCAUUUUUGAUCGGCUUGCCUGCUCCAAAUGCCUCCGACGUGAACAUCAAAGCACCCUGGCGCUUGACUCUUGUACACACGCCAAGAAUGGGCUCUGCAGUCUCAAAUGUGAAGCGUGCUUGCAUCAACGCAUCAGAAUCAUGCGCCGUCAGUAUGACAAGCAUGUCACAUUGGCUCUCAGCCAGGACGCAGACCUGACUUCCGUGCUGCAGUGCCGGGCAUGCAAAAACCCGUGCCCACGCUUUGCGCCUUUCAAUCUAUGCCACGACUGUGUGGGAUUGGCUGUGUCUGGGCGCAGUGUCUCUUGUCAGCAGCACGAGGGGCUCGCAUGUGCCCCUUCUAGCUGCAUAGAGUGCCGCACGAUUGCCGCAAGACGAGUGACGAAUAGCUAUCGUCCUUCAAUGGCCUGGGUGGCGCCCGGGUGGCGCUUGCUGGUUUCCUCCACGCCAGUGCUCGGCUUGCUUAUGGUGCCGCCCUCGACGGUGGUUGUUAGCGGCAGCAGCAAGAAACACAACGUUCUGGCUCUCUCCAUUUUUGAUGGGAGCGUGCAGUGGCGCCUGACGUCGGGCUCGAAGACCGUUCGAGCGCUGGCGUUGCAGGAGCAGCAUCUCUUUGCAGGAGGUUUUGAUGGCUGUAUACGAUCGUUCUUUUGCCGUGCUACCCGUCGGUCACCGCGGCCUCACCAGGAGAUAAUGCCGAACCACGCGGACGACUGGGUUUAUGCCCUCAAACCCGUUAGCAUGAAUGGCCACUCUCAUUUAUUGCGUGCAGGACGGCACGGCACGGCCUGGAUCAUCCCUCUCGGAUUUAGCGGUACGCUGCCGGACAUCACCCCACCUUCUUCCAGUGCUCCCUCAACAGCACCGGCUUCCUUUCAUGGUGGCCCAACGACGGGCACAACGCAGCCUGUCGGCACCAAGGAUGCUUUUCGUGGCACCCAUCGAUCACACGGAGCCAUCCCACCCGCCCAAGCACAUGAGGCCGGACGGAAUCGAAAUUAUCGCUUGCAAUGUCGGCAGUGUCAUGCACUAUUUGAAAGUCGUGCUGAUUUGACGGCCCACCAGACUCUCGAGCACAACACAAACCCUACUUUUCAGCGUCGAACCAAAGACAACAAUUACGUCUUCAUGGGCAGCAAGGACUUUCAGCGCCUUGUGGACGAGGAGCAGCAGUCGUAUGCCCAGCACCUUGAGCCAUCUGCUGUUCAGGACCAGGUCCCUCUCCGCCCUGCCCCCCCGCCAGGCAAACUGCCGUGCGAUGUCUUGGGCUGUACCGCCUUCUUAGACUCAGCGGUAGAUUUGGAGAACCAUUGUCAAAGCCUGAACCAUGACGGCUACUUGGCAGCCCUUCAUCGUUUGAAGCCAUCACCGUACGAAAUCUUAAACUUGGACCUCAAUGCCACUUCGGCCCAGGUACGCCAGCGAUAUCGUGACCUGAGCCGGCGCUGGCACCCAGAUCGAAAUCCACAACAGUGUGCCAACUUGGCAUUUCAAAUGUUCUCCGAAGCCUAUCGCACCUUGAACGCGGGUCAGUAG